GUGCAGGAAGAUAGCAAGAAGAUAGGAAGAAGAUAGAAGGAUAGCAGGACGGUUUGACUCCGGCGACUGCGAGAGAGACCGCGAGGGAUACCCGAUAGCAAACGACCGGCUGCAAACAACACCGACUGCGGCCAGAGCUGCCCCGCGGUUUGCUUGACAGCUACAGGACUGAAUAUAAUAACUACCAGGAACCAGCGACCAGCAGCCAGAGGAAGACUGAGAUACACUAGAGUGGCUGCUUCACUACGCGUCAAGAUGUCACCGGCCCUGGAGACCCCUUCAAGCGGGGGCAAGGAGCCCUUUGACAUUGUAGAGACAUAUCACAAGCUACUACAAACAGACCCUGACCUGACAAUGCCCAUAGCCGCCAUCGAGGCCCUGGUACUGCUACUGACACACUCACCAUCUUCGACCAUCUCCGAGACGCUCGACCUACUCAACAAACACACCGAGCACCUGAAGCGCUCGAUCCCCAACCCGAUCGGCCUCUCUGCAGGCACCGACCUGUUCCAGCGGUACCUGAUAUCGACGCUGCAGCGACCCGGCAAGCUGGGACCGGCGGGGGACUUUGACGCGAUACGCGCGCACCUGCUCUCGAACGGGCGGCUGUUCAUCCAGCGAGCCAAGGAGAGCAGAGACAAGAUCGCCGCGUUCGCAACGGGUUUCGUACGAGACGGCAGCACGGUGAUGACCAAUGGCGGGUCGCGGGCUGUGGGAGCGAUGCUGCGCAAGGCGGCGGGCGAAGAGGUGCGGUUCCGGGUGAUAUAUGUGCUGCCGAACGGACAUAGCCAUGAAGAAGCCACGACUGCAGCGGGGACGGUGCCCGAGGGGAUGGAGACGGUGGCAGUGCUGCGGUCGAAGGGAGUGCCUGUGGCCAUGGUGCCGGAGUCAGCCGUGGCGUACUCGAUGGGGAUGGUGGACACGGUGAUAGUGGGCGCGGAGGGUGUUGUUGAGAACGGCGGGAUAAUAUCGCGGAUGGGCACGUACCAGAUGGGCCUGCUGGCGAAGGCAAUGGGCAAGCCCUUCUAUGUCGUGGCGGAGAGCCACAAGUUUGUGAGACUGUUCCCGCUUGGCCAGUACGAUCUUCCCGUUGAUCAGCGGGUUAUCGAGUUCAAGACGAGCACUACUACCGAGAGUAACAGCAGCAGCAGCAGCUCUACCUCGCUGAAGGACCGCCGGACUGCGCCUGAUAUCGUGGACUACACUCCACCACACCUGAUCACGGCGCUGAUCACGGAGGCAGGCGUGCUCACUCCGAGUGCCGUCAGUGAGGAACUCAUCAAGAUCUGGUUUUGAGCGCUGACUCCGACCAGCUGUAUUAUCUAGCCAUCAACAUGAUUGAUAUUAUUUAUACGACUGUGACGAGAUCGAUAUCAACCAUGGCGCCGGGAUCAACAGAUCAGCGCCGGGAACCUGACAGGCUGCACUCUGUGAACUAUCGCGUUACACCGGGAGAAACGUGGAACGGAAGAAGGGAAGACGGGAAGAAGAAGAAGAAGAAGAA